AUGUCUCCAAUUGCGAUAAAAGACUCAUUUGACCGCAAGGCUGAGGUUGCGAUGGCCAUCGCAGAACAGGUUGCGACCUUGAGUUUUUCCCGUCGGCCCAUCUCGAUCGAUUCUCCCCUCAUGCUCGCCAGCCUGGAUCCAGCCACGGUCGUCCAGCUCAAUUCCUGGCUCCAGGCACGAUUCGACUGGCAGGACGAGAAAAGGCUCCUUUUUGACGAAGAAAUCACCGCGGAGAGCCUCGCGCAAGACGUUGUCGAUCGUGGGCGAGACAAGCGCAAUGCCCUCCAAGCCAGCCGUCUUCUCAACUCCCCUCCGACACCCUCCAUCAUCGUGACGCCUGAGCCCUCCGGGCGCCGCGCACGCUCCUCCUCUCGAUCCACUGUGACCAGCGACUAUCUCACCGGAGAGAUCACACUCGACAUUGGCAUGGCGCCGUAUGAGUCGUGGACAGGACAUCGUAACAAGGGCAGGAAGGCCAGCGUCCUGUGUAGUCUACUCGGCCUCGGCCUACUAGGCUCCCCCGGCUCGUCAUCAUUCUCGCUUGGCUCUCCCGGUGGCAUGGGCGCUCUCUUCAAUACGAUCGGUCUGAGCCCGUCCCAGUUCGACCCCCGCGCACCCUCGAUGAUACACACGCCGCUCUUCUCGCCGUGGCUCGAGACCGUGCGCUUCCCUGCAUUGGAGGCAGUGCAGUCGCCCUGGGUACCAAACCUGCCUCGCACAGGUUCAGACGGGCUCCUUGCGUUCCCGCAGUCGCCCCGCGGCUGCUGCUAA